AUGCAAUAAACAGUAGUCGCAAUAGAUCCAUCUGUCUGCCAUGCAAAAUUAUAGAGUGAGAAAACAUUGUGUGGUUUGGCUUACUUUGAUGAUUAAAAAUCUUAAAGAGGAAUAGUUUUGGAAUCCUUAGAAUAUUUCAGGUUGAUGACAUUCUUCAAAAAUUACAAUUAUGAAGGACCUUCUGAUAUUUUAUUAAUUUACUUAUGGGUUGUCUCUGCACAUAUGAUAAAAACAAUAGAGAAUGACCAAGAUUAAUAGGCUGCUGCUAAAAAGCUUGAUGAAAUUGCCAGAGAAGCCAUCCCAACCAGGAGUGGAGACAAAAAAAACUUUCUUGGAGGUCUUCUCAAAGAGACACCAGGAGAAACAGAUAAAAUAUAAGCAUAUUUGAAGGGACUCAAAGAUAUUCUUGCAAAAGAAAUAAUAGCUAAGUUCUUCAAAGACGGGAAGAGAACAUUUGAUGCUAGGUUUUGGAGUGGUAUUGCAAAAAGAAAGUUUAUGGGAUUGAGUUAUACAGGAUUAUGAAUUGAAUUUACAUUAAUAUAUAUAUAGAAUUGAUUAAUUAUU